GCUCUCUGGGAUAACAGCAUCAUUUCGUUGUAGUCUUCCUUAGAAAAAACAUCUCAGAAAAUUUUUCCUUUUUUUGAGAAAAAAGAAAAAUAAACGAAAACGUACAGUUCCUCACAAAAACAAAGAAAACAACAACAAAACACCCAAAAAUGGCUCCUCAAACAGAAUUCGUUUCCAAAACCCAACACUACCUCAAAGUGAAAAAACCCUUGCUGGAGCGCCAAAGACGGGCCCGCAUGAACAAGUGUUUGGAUGCCCUCAAAGAAUUGGUUGCCGAAUUCCAGGGCAAUGAUGCCAUUCUCCGCAUGGACAAAGCUGAGAUGCUGGAAUCCGCCUUGGAAUUUAUGAAGACUCAGGUGAAAGUACAAGAAAAACCACAGACUCCUAAUUUUCCUGCAAUGGUGCCCAUAGACAGUUUCCGUCAUGGCUACAUGAAUGCCGUCAAUGAAGUGUCUCGCGUUAUGGCCGGUACUCCUGGUAUCAACAUCAACAUUGGCAAGGCCGUAAUGACCCAUUUGGGUGCCGAAUUUAAUCGUUUGCUGCAACAAAACUCAGUGCCUGUGGUUAAGGAUGAGCUGGCCAACAAAGUCAACGAAAAGGCCCCCAUGAGCCCAGCCUCCUCGGGUUAUUGCAGUGACAAUGAGGAACAGCAAUCCUCACAAGGAUCUCCCAACAGCACCACCUCCAACAACUCUAUGUGGCGUCCUUGGUAAUCGAAAGUAUCCUGAAUUUAGUUUUAGUUAAAAAAAUUGCAACUUAACAGCUUUAAACGCAACAUAAUAUUGUGUCUUCCCCCCAACAAACCCCCCUUACCCCUUACAUUUGUAGAAAUUAUAUAAUUCUCUGUUAGGAGUUUUAUUCUCUCUGUGAUAGAAACAAAACAAAAAAAUCAACAAACUUGGCUUUAUUAGGAUUUUUAGUAACUUUGCCUUUAAUAAUUUUUAACUUUCGUAUUUAAGAAAAAAAAUGAUAUUGUAUUUUUACUUCAACAAUUUUUAUAAUUUGUAUUUUAGAAAUACCAAUUUAAAUUUUAUUUUUAAUUGUCCAACUCAAAAGCUUUAACAAAUUGUGUUUUUCUAGGUUAGGUAGUACAUAAUUAUUAGUCUGUAAACUAGUUUUAAGAACGAAAAAAUAUUUAAAAAAUAUAAACAUUUUAUUUGAAAUCUAAAA